AUGUCCUCUGCGCAGCUGGUUCAAAGCCCGGAAUGGGCUGAAGACUUAUCUGCAGAAUUUGUCAAAUACACUGGAAGUGAGUCAAAAGAGGAAGAUGCUAAAGACGUGAAGAAGUGCUAUUGGCCACUGGUGAAGUGUGUGACUGUCAGGGGGCCGAAGAAGGGUCUUCUCCAGCACGUCACACUUGUGGAUCUUCCUGGAAACCGGGACCGUAACAAGACCAGAGACACAAUCUGGAAAAAGGUUGUUGGAAGUUGUUCUACUGUGUGGAUUGUGGCUGAGAUCAAUCGAGCAGCUUCUGAAAAAGAAUCCUGGGAGAUCCUGGAAGAAUCCUGCAGCCUCAUGGGAAAUGGUCGCGAGUGUCAGCAGAUUCAUUUGAUCUGCACCAAGUCUGAUAGUCUUGGAGGUUCAGAUGAUCAGUCAGCAGCUGAUGUUCGUGCUCUGAUACUAAAACAAAACGAGCAAGCCAAGAUAGACGUGAAGGCAGAAUUCAGCAAACUAAAAGACGUUAAGAAACAAUUCAGUGAGGAAUGUUUCAAAGUUUUCACAGUGAGCUCCAAAGAGUUGAUGAAAAAGAAACGUCUGGAUCCAGAUGACACAUGUGAUUCAAUUCUCCAGGAAUUCCUGCAAGAUCUCAACAACUGGCAGACAUGGAACUAUGUGUCUGGAGCUCUGGGGGUUCUCUCUCUGAUUCAGGCAGCCAGCAGCAGAGAGAGAGGAACAUCAAGCUGACAUAAAGACGGCUGUGUCCAUAGGACUUGAAGAGAAGCUGAGUCAUGAACUUGAUCAAGUCAGGGAACCCAUGGACCCUUAUGGCUUUUGAAAGAUGUCUCAG